GAACACUCAUAUCCCAUAUAUAAUUAGGGAUGGCGUCUAAACUAGUUAGUCAUAAUGUGAGAGCUGCUGUUGUUGUAAUUGUUAUAGCAGCAGCAGCGGCAUUGAUCAUAGAAAGAGCAGAAGCUGAAACACACACCGUAGGCGGCGCUUCUGGCUGGACCAAUACUCUUGCUCCCGAAUUUUAUACUUCCUGGGCUGCCAAUCACACCUUCAAAGUUGGCGACAUUCUAGUGUUCGAAUUCACUACCGGAGGACAUGACGUAGCGAGACUUGGAAAGGAAGCUUUUGAUGCGUGCAACAACACCGAUCUGCUGAGCCCACCUGAAAACCAAGGACCCGCCAAAUACAGCCUCAAUCAAACUGGCGAUUACUAUUUCAUCUGUGCUUUCCCUGCUCACUGUAGCCAGGGUCAAAAGUUAAGCAUCAAAGUCAUAGCCACUGGCCCUUCUGCCCCUGCCCCUGCUCCUCAUUCUGAAGCCCCCACAACUCCUACUGCUCCUGCUCCUAAUUCUGAACCCCCCAAAACUCCUUCUCCUUCUCCUUCUCCUUCUCCUUCUUCUCAAGCCGGGACUCCUCCUUCUGAGACCACAACUCCUUCGUCGCCACCAACUAGGGCAGUCACAACAGCACCUCCUCCGUCCUCAGCCUCGUCUCUGGCUUCUGCUAUUUCUACUAUUUCUACUAUUUUCAUGUCCAUUGCCAUUGCUCUUUUCUACCUCUUCUAGGCUAGAGUCCAACUACUCAAGUCUUCUUUCGAUCGGCCCUUAAGCUUUCCUCUGUUAUUUUAUGUUCAUCAAUGUGAGUUCAGUGCUUCAUGCUUUA